UUAAAUGCACUUGAAUGCUGGAACUUGGAUUUUGGAAUUGGAAGCAAAGCACAGCCGAAGGUGACACACACAUCGGAGAUCGGAGCCCUAACCGCUACUCCUGCUUCGCUUCGUCUCUUUCUCCAUUGUUCGCUCUCCGCUGCACUCAUUGCCGGUGCCGGUGGGGUUACCCCACCUGUUACUGCUUUAGAAAGGUUUUAGUUCACCAUGUCAUCAGCAUCAACUGCCUCUCAAUCCCUUUCGUUACCCGCUCCGCCUACUUCCAACUCUGCAGCCAAUGGAUCUUCAAUUCCCAAUUUGAUGCCCGCAACUUCACCAGUUCCUCCUGCCCCUUCUUUACAUAUUCAUCAACUAGUGCCUGGAACUCCGAUGAUACCUGGUCCACCGGGAAUGUCACCAUCUAUUCCGGUAGUGUCGACAAGUCCAGCAACUAUGUUUUCACCCAGUGAUUCAUCUGGUUCCACUAUCUCAGGACCCAAUAUGCAUCCAACUCCCAACUCAAUAAAUACUUCCGUUCGUCCUCAAAUAUGUGGUUCGUAUCCUUUAACUCAUGUUGUUUCCCCACCCCACGCAAUAUGGUUUCAGCCUCCUCAGAUGGGAGGUAUGCCCAGGCCUCCCUUUCUGCCAUAUUCUGCUUCUUUUCACGGCCCUCUUCCUUUUCCUGCUCGUGGAAUGCCCCUUCCAUCUGUCCCAUUGCCCGAUCCUCAACCUCCUGGUGUUACCCCUGUUCAAGUUGCGUCAGCAAUUACUGUGUCAUCUGGUCAUGGCAAUCAGCUUACUGGAAAUUCGGUGAUCCAGACGGACUUAAAUCAUUCUGGACUUGAUGGCCAGAAAUACGCUCAAGGUGUGGUUCAUUCUGAGAGCAACUCUUUAAUCAAGCGCCUAGAUGAUUGGACUGCCCACAAGACUGAGGCUGGAAUAAUCUAUUACUAUAAUGCUUUGACAGGAGAAUCUACUUACGAAAAGCCUUCUGGAUUUACAGGGGAGCCUGAUAAUCUUGCGGUGCAGCCAACAUCAGUUUCGAUGUCGAACUUGUCCGGUACAGAUUGGGUUUUGGUCAGUAUGAGUGAUGGUAAAAAGUAUUACUACAACAAUAAGACGAAGAUUAGCAGUUGGCAGAUCCCAAAUGAAGUGACUGAAUCGAGGCAGCAGAAUGAUGAAAAAACGAAGGAACGUUCAGCUCCUGUGCCAAAUAGUAAUGCAUUAACUGAACAAGGAUCUUCGCCUAUCAGUAUCAGCACUCCUGCCAUUAACACGGGUGGUCGUGAAGCCAUACCCCUUAGAACGGUAGGAAUAUCAGCGUCAUCAUCUGCCCUGGAUUUGAUCAAGAAAAAAUUACAAGAUUCUGGAACUCCUGUAGCUGCCUCGCCUGUUUCAGCACCAACAAUAGCCCAAUCAGAUGUAAAUCUGCCGAGAGAGGCUGAUGCUGCAGUUAAGGGACUGCAGAGUGAGAACAGCAAGGAUAAGCCAAAAGAUGCUAAUGGUGAUGGAAAUGUAUCGGACACCUCCUCAGACUCCGAAGAUGUAGACAGUGGGCCAACUAAUGAGCAGUUAAUUAUCCAAUUUAAGGAGAUGCUUAAGGAGCGGGGAGUGGCACCAUUCUCUAAAUGGGACAAGGAAUUGCCGAAGAUAGUGUUUGAUCCCCGUUUUAAGGCUAUUCCAAGUUAUUCAGCUAGGAGGUCCCUGUUUGAACACUAUGUUAAGACCCGUGCCGAGGAGGAACGGAAGGAAAAAAGAGCUGCUCAAAAGGCUGCAAUAGAGGGAUUUAAGCAGUUACUGGAUAGUGCAUCUGAGGAUAUUGAUCAAUCAACCAGUUAUCAAACAUUCAAAAAGAAAUGGGGCAAUGACCCACGGUUUGAAGCUUUGGAUCGCAAAGAUCGGGAGAAUUUAUUGAAUGAAAGGGUUAUUUGUCUGAAGAAGGCUGCCGUUGAAAAGGCUCACGCCUUAUGGGCUGCUUCCACCACUAGUUUCAAGUCCAUGCUGCGGGAGAGAGGAGAUAUCAAUGUCAAUUCCCGUUGGUUGAGGGUAAAAGAUAGCCUACGGGAUGAUCCAAGAUACAGAUCUGUCAAGCAUGAGGAGCGUGAGAUGUUAUUCAAUGAGUACAUAUUUGAACUUAAGGCUGUUGAAGAGGAAAAACAACGUGAAUCAAAAACUAGAAAGGAGGAGCAGGAGAAACUGAAGGAAAGGGAGAGAGAAUGGCGGAAACGAAAGGAAAGAGAAGAGCAAGAAAUGGAAAGGGUACGCCUAAAAAUACGGAAGAAAGAGGCAGUUGCAUCUUUUCAAGCAUUGCUUGUUGAAUCGAUCAAAGACCCUCAGGCCUCUUGGACUGAGUCAAAAAUUAAAUUGGAGAAGGAUCCACAAGGGCGUGCAUCUAAUCCUGAUUUAGAUCCAUCUGACACAGAAAAGCUAUUCAGAGAACAUGUAAAGAUGCUGCAAGAGCGUUGUGCUAAUGAGUUCAGAACUCUAUUGUCUGACGCCUUUACAGCCGAGGCAGUAGCACAUGUAUCAGAAGAUGGAAAGACAGUUCUUAAUUCUUGGACGAUGGCUAAACGAAUUCUGAAGCCUGAUCCCAGAUAUAGUAAAGUCCCAAGGAAGGAAAGGGAGGUGUUGUGGCGUCGAUAUGCUGACGAUACAUUGCGGAAGCAAAAGUUGGUAAAUGAUCAGAAGGGAGAAAAACAUGGCUCAAAGAGUAGAGCAACCACUGACGCUGGAAAAUUUCCUUCGAAACCAAGAAUCCAAGAGUGAAGAAAGCUUGAAGCGGUUUCUAUUUCCAAUUUUUUGGGGUCUGCAUUUUCAGAUUAUUUCGUCACAAAGUGAGGAAAGGAAUGGUGACAACGUUCAGUUCUGACAUAAUUAGUUUUCGUAAUGCACCUUUUUGGUGUUGUGUUAGUUUACUGGAAAAUAUAUUUUUACUGCUCAAGGAACUGGUUCAGUAGUUGAAAUAGUUUGGGGAACCGUUUAUUUAUUUAUUUUAUAUAUGAAAGGAUGGUCUUAGAGUUAGAAAUUUUA